UUUUACGUGACUUUGAUUUGCACUUUAUUUAUACGAAAUGAACUCCGGAACGAUACAAAGCUUUCUUAAGGGAAAGAGCAUUUUAGUAGUUGGCACAACAGGCUUCUUAGCAAAAGUUUUUGUGGAAAAAAUACUAAGAAUCCAACCAGAGAUACAAAAGUUGUAUCUUCUUGUAAGAGCUUCCAACAAUGACUUUGCUGCACAACGCCUGCAAAAUGAGGUAUUUCAAACAGAUUUAUUUGCAUUGCUACGAGAUAAGUGGAGUGCGAAGUUUGAUUCUUUCAUAACAGAGAAGGUUAUGGCCAUAGCAGGAGAUGUUGCUGUUGAGAAUUUGGGACUAAAAGAUGAAAAUCUUAAAAAUACUAUGUUUCAAGAGAUAGACAUUAUUGUCAAUUUAGCUGCAUCCACCAAAUUCGAUGAAAGGUAUGAUAUCUCGAUGGGUGUUAAUACCAUUGGAGCUUUACAUGUGUUAAACUUUGCAAAAAGGUGUUACAAGAUAAAGGUUGUUGUCCAUACAUCAACAGCAUAUGUAUGCGGAGAGGCCAAUGAUGAAAAAGAGAUUUUUCAAGAGAAAUCAUUUGAGAUGGGUCAAACUCUAAAAGGAACCUCAAAUUUAAACAUCCAAACUGAAAUGAAUUUGUUGGAGAGUAAAUUAGCUGAACUUCGAGAGAUGAAUGUUGAUGAAAACACAAUCAAGUAUGCAAUGAAAGAUUAUGGCAUUGAAAGAGCAAAUUUGCAUGGUUGGCCAAAUACAUAUGUAUUCACAAAAGCGAUGGGAGAAAUGCUUGUAGUGAAUCAAAAAGACAAUAUACCAUUGAUCAUCAUACGACCCACAAUGGUUACCAGUACAAUUAAUGAUCCGUUUUCUGGUUGGAUUGAAGGUGCAAGAACUAUGGACAGUGUCAUACGUGGAUAUGGUCUUGGAAAAUUAGAAAGCUUUGCUGGUAAUCUCAACACUAUUCUAGAUACAAUCCCAGCAGACUUUGUCGUCAAUUGUAUCAUCACAGCUAUUGUUGUUCAUUUGGAUCAAGCUCCAAAAACUUUCGUCUACCAUAUUUCUUCUUCGUUAAGAAAUCCCUUUACAGUUUUUGAUUUUACCAAUAUUACUUAUGAUUAUUUUGCAAAAAAUCCUUUCAUAAAUCAGAAUGGAAAACUGAUAGUGAUCUCCAAGAGACUUUGGAUUUCAAGUUUGGCUAUUUUCAACAGUUAUUUGACAAUCCGAUAUGUCUUGCCCUUAAAGGUCUCAAAUUUGGUCAAUAAAAUGUUUUUCUGUACACCCCAAGAUCAUACAUAUGAUGACAAAGAAAAAAAAAUUAGAAUGCUUCAAAGAUGGGUAAAAUUAUACAUUCCAUAUUCAUGUUUCAAAGCCAUAUUUGACGACACAAAUACCGAAAAUUUACGAAGGAUUGCAAAUGGCUAUAUAAAGAAUGAAGAAUUAGACUUUGAUCCAACUAGUAUUGAUUGGACAAACUACAUGAUGAAUAUUCACAUCCCUGGCCUCGUUAAGUAUGCAAUGAAAUAGUAUAUAUCCAAAAUAAAAAAUGGUUUGUGUGAGGAUUGAAAUAUUGUGGUAAUUAAUAUUGUGGCCUUGAAUAAUCUCCAAAUGUGAUGGUCUUGAAUAAUCUCCAAAUAUAUAUGAUGUUUGUGCCAAAAUUUGUUGUUUGUAAGAUAUGGAUUAUUUAAGUGAUGGUGAUGUUUUAGUCUUGCAAUUGUAAUCGUUAGUGAAAAUUUGUGUUGUAUAAUUAGUCUGUUAAAUUAUAGAUCAAUUGCUGAAAUCUAAAACUGUGACAAACUAUAUGUU